AUGAAGUGGAAUUCUCUCUCUGUUUCAAGUGCUGUUUUCACAUCUAUAACACAGAAUGUUUCGAAAGAAAGUUUUCUUGGAACGUUUCUUACAGUGGAGCAAGUCCAGAAACCAUCUGCUGUUCUUGUCAAAGGGAUCAAAGAUGAACAAUUUUUUAAGAAGAAAUUGGAAUAUUAUUUCGAAAGCGAAGAGAGCAAGGGUGGACCGGUCAAAGACGUUGUAAUACUGGAAAAUAGAAAAGCUGCUGUUGUUACCUUUGAAAAUGCAGACGAUGCGAAAAGAGUCUCUGAGAUUUCGCACACCCUCGACGGUCUCCGCUUGCAUGUCAGUGUUUAUUACCGUGAAAUCGGAUAUGAAGAAGAUGACGAAGUUGACGACGAAGAAGAUUACGGUAAUUCCUGGUUGAUGGAAUUCCCUUGUGACUCUCACAUUGUAUCCUUCUUAAGGAAACAUGAUGCCCCCAAAAAAUGUUUGGCUGGUAAACUUAGGCCGAUUCUUGGGUCACUUCCUCGAUUAUGGACAGAUGUCACCAACAACCAAAUACGCGUCAUGGCAGACAACACUGAACGGAUUAACAAUAAAGAGAAGUGGGAGAAAGAAUGCACGGAAGUGGUCCAAGAGUUUCUUGACGGCUUCAUGACUAAAUCGGUCCAAUUUUCCGAUGACGUUUGGUCUCGGAUUGAAGAGGAGUGUGAAGUGCACACCAUGUGCCUAAAGUCCAUAGAUAUUCAGGCCUCCCCUGAGUCUUACACUGUCCGAGUAACUGGUGUUGAGGAUGAAUGCCAAAAAGUCCUCAAAGACUUCGCUCGAAUUCAGAGAGAAGAAAAGAAAAAAUCCAAAGAAGAAGAAAAAGAAAUAGUCAAAGUAUUGACUGAUAAAAACAAGGCCAAAUUAGUCCUCAUCAUAAGUAAAGGUGUUGCUGGUGUGCCAUCUGGAGUGUCCGUCAUGAUUCGAUCACAUGAAGGGGAGAUUGAGUUCAAAGGAAAGGUCACUCCGGUAGAGAGAGCUGUGAGUAAUUUCCUAGAUGUUCUUACUUCCAUUAAUGAAAAAAGCAUCCAUGUCACAGAGAAACAUUUUGCCAAGAUUUUGGCGUCAAGUGACGGCGGGGAGAAAGUCCGAUGCAUAUUAAGAAAGGAAGGUUUGGACGUCGUUCAUGAAGUCACGGUAAAAGGUUCUGAAUGCACAAUGGUUUUUUAUUCACUUGAUGCUGAUGCAACGGAAAAAGCAGCAGAGCAUGUUCAAGCCAGUCUGACCACGCAAAGCAUCCCCGUGCCAAAAACCAAGCUUUCAUAUUUGCAAACCGAUACUUGGGAGGCCCUAGAGAAAAAACUGGCCAAAGAUUUGUGCGUUUUGGUGGAGGCAGCAGAAGAAGAAACGAACACCGUAGUUCUGUAUGGUUUUUGUGAUGAUGUUCAAGAGGCUUCGAGACAAAUAGGGUAUCAUUUGGGACAGAAAUCAGUCGCGAGCGAGACUAUGUCGAUUCUCCCUGGUCAGGCGGAAUAUUUAAUCAAAUUUAAAGUACCCGAGAUUAAGAACUUGGAGAAGUCGAAAGGAGUGCAAGUCAUGAUUAAAAACAACGGGGAGCUGAUCAUCCAGGGCCCAACUAAUAUAAUCCAUGAAGUUGAGUCAUCACUGUCGACAGUCGUUGACAGCAUUAAAAAGAAGCAGGUCGUCAUCAAACAGCCAGGAAUGGUUACGAGCAUGCAAAGUGGUCCGGGACGCCUCUUCCUGAAAGACCUUGAGCAAAAGAACAGUGUGUAUAUAGAUAUCAGAGCGGCUGCAAGACUUUCAGCCUCAACUAUGACAACGUCAAUAACGGCGAGUCAAACGCCAGCUGGAAGCUUUACCACACCCAAAGGCACAAGCAUAACUUUGGUAGAAGGGAAUAUCGAACAAGAAACGGCUGAUGUUAUAGUUAAUAGCAUCAAGUUCGAUAUGGAUCUUCGUGCCGGGAAAGUCUCUGCUGCCAUUGCUGAAGUAGCUGGCCCGCAACUGCAGCAGGAAUGCACAAAAAUAGGGGAAAUGUCAACUGGGGAAAUGAAGAAGACGGAUGGUUUCAAUCUCCAAUGCCAAAAAAUCUACCAUGUUGUCUGUCCGGAUUGGGGACCUGCAAAAGAACAGACGCUGUCCAGGUUAAUGUCACAGUGUUUAGAACAAGCACACCAGGAUGGAGUAUCAUCUAUAGCAUUUCCUGCUCUUGGAACCGGGAACCUGAAAUUUCCCAAAGAUGUUGUGGCUGACGUCAUGUUUAAGGAGGCCUUGCAAUUCAGUGCAAAGAACUCGCAGACCAAAGUCAAGGCAAGCAGUCUGUUUGGAAAUAAUGCACUUAUUUCUUACUCAAUGAAUUUUAUUUCUUAUUCAAUUAUAUUUUAG